UUAAUCCGUGUAAUUUAAAACGUGCUAUGCAAUUAGGCUUAUCAGAGUUUGUUUAUUCAACAGCUAGGUGCAAAAUUUAUCUUGGUCACAAAUGCACUGUUCAUGACAUCCGCUGGUUAAUUACUCAUAGGGUUCCCUAUCCACAUUUACCUAGCUUAUAGCGGUACCGGUAUGCCCGCAAUAGCUCUACUAGCAGCAAUUGGGGAAAAAUUCAAACCCUUACAGUAAAAACGAUCCAAAUCAUAGGCAGUAGGCUGCCUAUCAUUUUUUUCUAAUGUCGCUCAAAUGUAAUCUCCAGCACUUACUCAUAUACAUUUGUUUAUAAUGCAUUUUCCUGCAGUAUGAUGACAUGCAUCCAAAUAUAUUGAUAAAACUAAAAUUUUGCCAUCAGAUCAAACACGAGCCAGGGAAAUGAAAAUGGCUCUUCCUAUCCUAGUGAGGGACACCCGAGUGCAUCGAACACUGCCAGUCAAAAUUCAUACUCGAGUGCGAGUUCGUCACCGAACUUCAAUGCGGCGGAAGUUGGACGCGCUUCUUCAUCUGCGACAGGUUUAUUCGUAAGCCCAGUUCUUCACCCGUUGCGCGAGAAUCCAGGAAAUUAUUCACAGUUGGUCCCUUCCUCCGAAGCUGUCGUAGGCUCCUACGACUCGAUUGCUUUGGACCAUUCAUAUGGGCAGUCACCACACCCACCGAUGACAUUGACUUCUCACCAAAGUGGCUCAGUGAUGGACAGAUGGAUUUCAAAUCACUUUCAACAGCUGAAUCAACGUUCAGCGGAAGACGCAAGACCCAACCGCCGACGACUUUGCGCUUUGCAGCGCAUUUCAGGGGCCAGCUCAAGCCGGCACAACCAAGAACCCCAAUCGAUUCAGCAUGAUUCUUUGAACCAUUUUCAAGCCUCAUUCUCUUCAGACGAUACGAUGCAUGUUGAUGGUGGAAGCUUGAGUACUACGGCGCUACCAUACCCGACGAGACUGGCCGGAAGAGAUACACCGUUGAAUUUCGUGGACAUUCGGAUUGCUGCAUUAAGAGUGGCGGGCCUGUUUCCGGAACGUUGCGUACUAGAUAGUGAUUGGCCAGAAAAUGAUGAGUCUGUGUCAGUAACUGAUCGCAUUAGCAAUAGAAGGCAAAAUUUAACGAACAGGUCUGGUGCUUUCGAACAAUCAGAAGAUAACUUAACAAAUCAAACCAUAAAUGAAACUGAUUCGACGGUCCCACAAGUUAGGUUUGGUGAAACGGCUAACAACUCUCCCAAUAGUUCCACUUCAGAUCACUGUAAUAUUUCAUGGGAUGAUGGAAUGAGCCCUUCAGGAUCUCCUCCAUCAUAUAUCAACUUUGUAAGCGACGAUAGUUACUCCACAAUCUGGCCAGGAGACCGCAACAUGGUUUCAAAUGAGCCGCCUCCCACUGUCAACGUAGACUCCCCCCACGCAGAAUAUCAAGAAAGUUCGAUUGAUGUUGAACUGAACGAAGCUCAACAGAACGAAAAUGUCUACGGCCCGAGUAGUGAUGAAAGCAGUAGUGAAAUUCCUUCCUUUCCAUUCCGACCUGAGCCCCACGAGUCUGAAGACUCGCACGAAAAUUCCUAUUAUUACGGCAUAUUCCCCCAGCCUGUUGCGCCCGCUCCAUCUCCGGUGGGUGUUGAAGACAACGACUCGGCUUUUCAGGAUGACGCGCCAACAUUCGAAGAAUUACAGCACGCAUUUGAAAAUUCUAGGGCUAUCAUUGAACCUACGGAUGAAGAGGUUCAUAUAAAUCACUCCGAAGAAACGCUGGCAGCACGCAGGCGAGCCCAAAACAUUUUACUGCGACCAAACUACCAAUAUCGUCCUUACCCGGAGGCAAAUCUGGAAGAGGGUUCAGGCACGACAACAAGCCAACCCCCUUGCAGCGUUUGUUAUGAAAUUCGUGACUACGCAAUCCAUGAAAACUGCCGCCAUUCCAUCUGCGUUGCGUGUACCAUGAAGCACAUAAGGAUGCGUGGCGACCAAGUCUCGUGUCCCGAGUGUCGCAGGGGGCCGUGGCACCUGUGGGGGGCGUCCAAGGAGUACCUGCACCAUGGGUCCUCCGCCAAGAAGAAGCUCCUCGACAAGGAGGUGACGAGAAGGAUUAACCUCAUGCUCAGGAUGCUCGACGCCCACGAAAUGGAACGAGCAACGCACUUCUUGGGCGACGUGCACGCCAAUCGUAGGACGUGGGCCACGCAGGGAUGGAUGUUGAUGAGGUUUGACCAAUACGAAGCAAGCCUAGCAGCGCUGCAGCAAAGCAGAGGAACAGACGACACAACUGCUCCGUAACGGCUCCGUAGCGGCCCUGCCGUACCAGGCAAACUGUCCACUGCCCCGCACAAGACAUUCCAACUAAUACAGACACAUCUGAUAUACCGUAUGCCCACAAUCCAACAGAUGUCCCAGCCGCUACGAUGCAACUGUUGGCUGCCACUUUUUGCCCAAACCCUGAAACUGCAGCCCAACAGCAACCAA